UGCGCCGGCGCACCGAUCGGGAAGGGCCUAAUAGGGGAAGAAGAGCCCAAGGAGGAGGAGGAGGGGUUGGAAAAAGCCGGAGAAAGACGAGAGCCAGAGCGAUCCACCACCGCCACGCACAAGCAUUAGCACACACGACAUGGCAACUGGGAAACAACGGCGACAUGACCUCGACCUGCCUUGCAUCUCUGGCUCCUCGCAUGCCACCGCUCUGCGCUCGCCUCCGCUCGAGACAGCCCAAACGUGCCCCAUGCGUGCCUUCCUCACUUAAGCCAAAGAGCCGAUCUCGUGGAGACGACGGCAUUGUUGCACUUGGGUUGCUUGGCUCUUUCCUUUUGGCACACAGUCACACAGACCUUAUUUCCUUUAUGAAGCGACAUUGCGUUACACUUACCAGCAACCACCGCAACGGCAGCAACAAGAGAAACCACCACCGUCCGCAGAGCACCACCCAGGCAAGUGUGGCAAGCAGCUAGCAACUAACAGCCGGUGCACGGAUGGGUCGGUGCAUCGUGAGAAAGUUUACUCGAGGCAUUCCCACAAGUAUUGGGAUUGUGCCGCAAACUCCUGCUCCCGGUUUCCCUGUUUCUGUUUCUGUUUUCCGACCUCGGUCAGCUGUGACACUUGUUUGGCGCAUUUUGCGAGAUUUGUUUUCGGGAUUGGGCUUGGGACUGGGACUGGGCCAUUGCCAUUGCCAUUGA